AUGCCGUCAUUCAUCGAUAACAAUUAGAAAAAUAAAUUGAAUCCACAGAGUUCCAACCCAUACCCAAUUAAACCAUGCUUACAUAUUCCUAUAAAUUCAGGUACUCCAUUCUCUACAAUUAAUAACAGGUAUAAUCUCAAAAAAGCUGACAAAACCAAAAGUCGAUUCUGUCCUGACCCUCUCAUUAGCAAGGAAUAUGAGCGUGUGCUCUAUGAGAAAUUUAAUGAAUAUUGA